AUGCAAAUAUCUUGUUCUCUGACACAUAGAGGUAAAAGGGAUGAGAAAGAUCAGUUCUAUGGUAGUGCAUGGAACAAAGAAACAACACGGAUUUCAGAAUUUCUUCUUCUGGGAUUUUCAGAGGACCCAGAACUUCAGACCCUCAUCUUUGUUCUUUUCCUACUCAUGUACCUACUGGCUGUGACUGGAAACUUGCUCAUCAUGCUGGCCACCAUCUCUGACUCCCACCUGCACACACCCAUGUACUUCUUCCUCUCCAACUUGUCCUUUGUGGACAUCUGCUUCAUUUCUACCACUGUGACCAAGAUGUUGGUGAACAUCCAGAAUCAAACCAAGGCCAUAACUUAUGAAGGAUGCAUCCCCCAGAUUUAUUUAUUUUCAGUGUUUGUAGGAUUGGACUGCUUCCUCCUUGCUCUUAUGGCCUGUGGCCAGUUUGUGGCUAUCUGUCACUCCCUGCAUUACAUGGUCAUAAUGAGCCAUCAACUUUGUGGAUUGCUGGUGCUGUUGUGUUGGGUGAAAACUGUCAUGAAUUCCUUGUUACAGUAUUUUAUGGUGCUACAGCUUUCUUUCUGCACAAACUUGGAAAUCCCUCAUUUUUUAUGUGAACCUAUUCAGUUGGUUCACCUUACCUGUUCUGACUUUUUUAAUGACAUGGUAAUAAAUUUUGUAGCAGGGCUUCUGGGUGGUGGUGCCCUUGUAGGUAUCCUUUACUCUUAUUCCAAGGUUCUUUCCUCCAUACAUGCAAUUUCAUCAGCUCAGGGGAGGUAUAAAGCAUUUUCUACCUGUGUGUCUCACUUAUCUGUUGUCUCCUUAUUUUAUUGUACACUUCUUGGUGUUUAACUAAGUUCCACUGAUACACAAAACUCACACUCAAGUGCAAAAGCUUCAGUGAUAUACAGUGUGGUCACACCUAUGCUGAAUCCAUACAUCUAUAGUCUAAGGAAUAAAGACAUCAAGAGUGCUCUGAAAAGACUAUUUGAAAAAGAGAUUAUUAAACUGUCAUCUGUUUUGCUAUAA